UUGUUUUUUCAUUUUGGCGUAUCUCAUGUGGAAACCGCAUUCAUCUAGUUUGUCUCUGUAGAUUUAUCCCCAAAACGUGAUCGCAAACCGGCAAAAGAGAACAGAGCAACUGAACGUGCCAAAGCAGGUCAAACUCUGGCGUGCGCUCUAAAUUUUUAAUUUAACUUCAACGAACACAGAAAUCACAGUCACAAUGCGAGAAGGAAUCGGGGGGAAAAACGAGAGCGAAUCUGACACAGUGGGUCAGAUCAGUAGGCGUAAAAAUUUUAUUGAGUCAUGCGACCGAUCGAUUUCGCUUACCGACUGCUACCGGGCAUCAAAUGGUUACACGGCUAUACGACGCAGGAUGCCGUGGCUGAUAUGAUUGCAGGCAUUACAGUGGGUCUAACAGUGUUACCACAGGGUUUGGCCUAUGCGACGCUCGCUGGGCUGGAGCCACAAUAUGGACUCUAUUCUGCAUUUAUUGGCGGCAUUGUGUAUGCCUUCUUGGGCAGCUGUCGACAAGUCACCAUCGGUCCCACAGCUUUGCUGGCGCUAAUGACUAGCCGGCAUACAAGUUUCGGGUUGAAUUCAGGUCCAGCUUAUGCGAUAUUGCUGUGCUUGAUCUCUGGAAUUGUUGAGCUUCUAAUGGCUGUGCUGCGCUUAGGCGCACUGGUUGAUUUAAUUUCACUGCCAGUUACCGUCGGUUUCACCUCAGCAACGGCGGUUAUUAUUGGCACCUCCCAGCUGAAAGGCCUACUGGGCAUUCGUGGUGGUGGCGGUGGUUCCGGAUUUUUAAAUACAAUGAAGUCCGUCUUUAUGAAUUUAGACAAAAUACGCUAUGGCGAUUUUACGUUAGGCAUAAUUGCUAUUACCGUCUUGCUACUGCUGAGGAAACUAAAAGAUGUUAAAAUCCCCGGCCGUCGCAUACUAAGCGGCACAAUGUGGGUAAUUGCGACUGGACGAAAUGCGCUGAUUGUGCUCAUAGCCAGCGUUUUAGCAUAUAAUACAUGUGAAACACGCGAGUCUUGUGUCUUCGUAUUGACAGGCAAAGUGAAGAGUGGUUUUCCAGAUGUCGGGCUGCCCAAAUUCCACACAACAAUAGAGGCAGCAAAUGGUACUGCAAUCGAACAGGACUAUGUGGAUAUGUUCAAAGAACUUGGUCCCUCGAUGAUUAUAUUGCCCAUAAUCGCCGUGCUGGGUAAUGUUGCCAUAUCGAAAGCUUUCAGCAGCGCUGGCAUAAGUCCUACUCGCGAAUUGAUUGCGCUUUCGCUCUCCAAUGUGAUUGGUUCGUUCUUCUCUUCAAUGCCGGUGACGGGUUCUUUUUCACGCAGCGCUGUAAAUCAUGCGAGUGGCGUGCGUACACCCAUUGGUGGUUUCUAUACUAGUGCGUUGGUGCUAUUGGCGCUUGGUUUGCUGGCGCCUUACUUCCAAUACAUUCCAAAAGCUGCAUUGAGCGCGGUUAUCAUAUCAGCGGUGAUAUUUAUGAUCGAAUUUGAGGUCAUCAAACCUUUGUGGCGCUGCAGUCGUCGCGAAUUGCUGCCCGGUGCCAUAACAUUCGUUGUGAGCUUAGCCAUUGGUGUCGAGAUCGGUUUACUGUUGGGCGUUGGGGUAGAUGUGGCAUAUCUGGUGUAUCGCGCUGCCCGUCCAGCACUUAGUGUCUCCAAAUUACGAACCACUAACGGUAUUGAGUAUAUUCUCAUGCGCCCGAUACACAGCUCACUCUACUUUCCAGCAAUCGAGUGGGUACGCACUGGCAUUUCAAAGGCUGUGGCGAUGCAUGGCAUUGCACCAGUGGUGCUGGAUUGCGCUAAUAUGCAUGAACUCGAUUUCACAGCUGCGCGCGGCAUGGGCGCGGUGAAUAAGGAGUUGGCAAAUAGUUCUGUGCCACUAUUUUUCAUGAAAGCUUCCAAAGAAAUCUGCAUUAUACUAAAAGAGUCUACAAAUUGUGAUUUUGCAACUAUACAAUCGCCGGAUGAUUUAGAAUACAUAUUGGAUAAUACGUUAUCGAUCGAUGAUCAUCGUUUGCAAGUUACCAUUCCACUAAUUUCUGCACAAACUAAACAAAAUGGCGAUUGAUGACCGUGGCGGUCGUUUGUAGUGCUUUAGACAUAAGUUUUUGAAGGUUAUUUAUAAAUGUAUUAGGUUAUUACAAUUUGAAAAACCCAAUUGUGUUUAGAUAUUUUGAGAAUUCUCUAAACGGAAUUUUCUUAAAAUGGUUGGCUAAUGCUGUUAUAAGUAUUUUUACAAGUAUGCAAUCCCUUGCGUUUAUAGAUCAGUACAUACAUAUCUAUGAAUGUAGAUAACUAUUUUAUAUUUUUUUGAA